AUCAGGCUACAAUGGAGCCAAGUGCACUCAGAACAGUCUUCUAAGAUGGAGAAUUGCUGAAAGGUGCACAAAACAGCCGUGCCAGUUUGGAAUGUUGCAGAAGCAUCCAUGCUCGCAUCAGCAAAUUGCUGCUGCUGACUAUAAUCCCUCAUGGUCCCACCCACCUGCUUUCCAAAUCCCAGCUGUGAAGGGAUGGACUUAGAAACAGUUUGGACCCAGCAAAAGCAAUAGGAUGGCAUUAAAGGGCCUAUCUGUUUAUUCAUUUAGCUCAUUCCUGCUUCCUCUUCUCCAGUGGUUUGGCCUAACUUCAAAGAAGGCCCUUCUUAACUGAAUUUUUCAAAGUCCUCCUUGGUUGAAGGUUACCAAUCCAUAGGAUGUACUUUCAGGGGCCAAGGCAGUUCUGUUCCUCCAACACAACCAGUGAAAAAACACCUACUCUGAACCUCUCCAUGGUGUUGUGGAGUGACCCUUUCAAGGAAAUAGAGACUAAAUCAAAAAGGAGAAGUGUGUCCACCUUUUUCAGGUAGCUCUUCCAAUGAGACCCACAGAUUUUUCUUCCUUUUCUUGAAUACCCACAUAGCUGGAAGGAAAGAAGAAAAGGGAGCCAAUCAGAAAGGAGAGAGAUUCCUCACUUUCCUCUCAAAAUCAGGAAGAAGCUGGCAUAUCUUUCCUGGUGUUCCAAAUCUCUUUAUUGGAGUCAGACUGGCAAUGAGAAACUGGCCAAGGCUCGGGUGGCCAGAAAACACAAACCUAAAUCUUGCCAUAGGAUCUUCUGUCUCUUCAUCAGAAUCAUGGGAGCCUAAUGUCUUGAAUCUUAGGAGAUCUAUAGGAGGGAAAGAAAAAGACAGGAGAACUUCUGUUCCUCCACCUGGAAGAAGGGUCAGCUGUUGGUGUUGGAACCCAAGGACCAGGAGGAAAAGACAGGAUAUUUACCCCCAGGAUAUUUGAGACACUUUCAGGUUGUCACAAGCCUAGUUCUUCCUCUGGGACAAUCCCCCAAAAGAAGAAGGGGGGAAAAAGAGAAAGGGAUGUGGGUGGGGUCAAGAAAGAGAAUUAGAUUAGUAAGAAUUUUUUCCCUUUGGGAUACAAAUUGGAAUUAUCAGAAUUUCUAUGCAUGGAUGUUACUGGUCCUGAAUGGGAAACUUUUGCAAAAACAAGUAUCUGUGAAAACUUGUUCGGUUUUGUAAAAUGCUGCACAAUAGGUCAGGGCUAGUGAAUUGAUCCAAAGUGGAUAUGGUCCUCUCCUGGAAUGGGCACCUCUGUUUGUUUAAAAAACACAUCUCAUGGCUGGGCCAUAUUCCUAUGGAAUAUCUGUCAGCAGCACUCAUGUGUUUCUCCUCAAAAUGCCCUUCAUGUCUCCACUAGGGUAAUGAAGGUAGAUCAACAAUUGUCUCAAGGGUCUGACCUCACAGGGUCCCAGAGCCUGGCCUGCAGCCCAAGCCCAAACAUUUACACUAAACAGCACCAUAGCCUAAGCCUGUGAUAGCUGGCAUGGUCCAACUGCGGGUUUUUAACUGCAGUGUAGACUCAUCCUGAGAUGGAAUACAAGCCUUGCUACAAAUCAGGGUAGUCUUUUUGUUGUCAUGCAUAUGUGUUUUGUGUCAGUUGGACUCUCCUGAUUGAUAUAUACCGGUAUCCAAAAUAUGCUAGAAAGGUUGACGUGCUGCAUGAAUAGCAAUUUAUUUUGUGGAUGAGCUGCUUAUUACACGGGUCAGUAAUUUUCUAUUUUUUUUUUUUUUAAAGUAUUUGGUCUUGAGUUGCUUCAGAAUUGAUUAUGGUCUGUUUAAUACCUACACUGGUCUUAAUGCAAAAGAUCUUUUCCCCCACUAGGGCUGGUUUAGAGCUAACUUUACUAUUUUCCCCAAAAUUUAUGACAGUAUAGUGCAUAUUCCUCACUGAGUACUAUGGACAUGUCAAGUCUGAAGAUUUCAGUCUUAAUUGUUCUGAAUUUAUCAGAUUGUGAAAAGGCAUCAGAAUAGUCUUCAGAGCAUGGAAAACACUGGAGAAAGAGAAUAUCCUGUAUUAAACUUGUCCCAAAAUCUAAAAGAAGAAUAGUGUGUGAAAUAAUGGCAACCGGAGACUUAAAAGGAAGUUUACGCAAGCUAGAACAAGGACUUCGCUUGUUAAACUAUCCUAGAGAUGUGGAUUACACAGGCAGUUUCGUAAAGGGUGAUCCAGCUGCGUUUUUACCCAUCAUCAGUUAUUCCUUCACGUCCUUCUCAACUUACAUAGCAGAACUUUUGGUGGAAUCUGAUGUAGAGCUCACGGCUAAAAGUGAUUUGCGUUUUAUUGAAGCUAUCUAUAAGCUACUUCGAGAUCAGUUUCAAUACAAACCAGUUUUAACAAAACAACAGUUUCUCCAGUGUGGCUUUGCAGAAAGGAAAAUACAGAUGGUUUGUGACGUUAUCAGUGCUGUGAUGAAAAAGCAUAAGGAAUUAAGUAAUAUGAAUAAGGCUAAAUCUCAAACAAGAAAAAAAAACAGGUCUUUAAAAUCUGAGUCACAGGCAAAUUGUGAGAAACUUCUUGCUGAUUCUGUUAUUUGCAGGACUGUGAUUUCUCAGCAGAAACCUCAAGUGGAACGUCACCCAGAUAGUGAAGUUAAUGUGCAUGGCUAUAAUACAGCCAUUCCAGUAGAAGAAGAUAGUGAAGAAGAAUCCUGUGUAGCUGAUGAUGUUUUAGAAGUUGUGUGUGAACAAGCCACAGAAGAUAAUAGUCAAAUCGAGCUGCUAAAGAGCCAGCUUGCUGAUUGCCAAGAAAAACUUAAUAAGCUAAAUUGGAUGGAAGAUAAACUACAUGUUUUAGAAGAGAGAGUGAAAGGGAAGGUUAUUAUAGAUGAGAAGGACUGGAAUAAUCUCCUGAGCCGGGUCUUGCUUCUUGAAACAGAACUGUUAUUGCAGUCAAAAAAGGGUGACUUAUCUACAGAAUUUAACAAUAUGAGUGAAGACCAUACCUCUAGUAGGAAUAUGACUCCAGUUUCUCCUGAUAUUGAGAGGAAGGAGGAGAUGCCAGAGUCUCUUCAUCAGUCGUCUGGAUACAGUUCACUAUUAUCCACAGACCCAUCUCCUAAAGCCGUAACCAUUAAUUAUCAUGGUUUGACAGAGAUUUCAAAGGAGACAACAAGACAAAGAAUGGAAAGGAUAAGUAAAAUUAUACUUAAGCUGCAGGUUCCCUGGGAAGCAAGCUUUACACUGGUGAUGGCAACUUACUUUAAAGUUUAUUUGGAAAUAUCCCUGGCUCACAACCCACUACUCCAGUAUCCUAAAGAAUAAUUGUUUAAAUUGUUUCAUCUAGAGAGAAGAAAAAUUUCCUACUACUCUGAGAUGGUGUCUGUUGUGUGCAGUAAAUAGAAAUUAUAGCACCAUCUUGUGGUGCAUAUUUAUACGAAGUAUUUUUCAAUGUAGAAUAAAAUUGUUUUGAUACAGAGUACCCACAAUCACUGUUGCUUUGAAACAGUAAUGACAAUGUUUUGAGUAUCGACUUUUCAUUGUUUACUAUAUUGUAUUGAAACAGGCUUCUAACUGGUAAUUUAGGGUGGAAAUUACUGCAAACACAGUGGCAUGCUCCCAAAAGUGCAACUCCACUGUUAGCAGCAACAACAGGAACACUAGGUGAGAUGAGCAACGCCACUUUUAUCAUUGUGGUGACUAGAGGUAAAAAUGCUAGUAUCCCAUGUAUACUAAUACACUGGUAGAUCUCCAUGACUGGUAAUGAAACAGUUGGCGAUUUCCCCCCCAAAGAGUUAGACAUUAGAGAAUGUGUUUUUCCUAACAGCUUUUAUCAUGACUAGUUUCUUUCAACUUGCCUAACAAGAAUUCUGGGGUUUCAAAAUAUUUUACAUGACUACUGUUUUUAUCUAUUUACUGUGCUGCUAUUCACACUUGAAAGUUCUUAAAGAUGCUUCUUUAAAAGAGAAGAAACAUCAGUCCACUGCAGAACAGACACUCCUUUCCUGAAUACCUUUCUUCUUAAUUUAUAUAGUUUAAAGAAAUUAAUUGAAGUCUCUCUCUCUCUCCUCCUAGAUCAUACAAAAGAAUC